AUGGAGCAGGAGGGUAAUGACCAGUCUCCUUUGUCUCACCUUCCCCAGGAAACCACCACCACCACCACCGUUGCUGAAUCCGAAAGCGGUAUUAUCAGCACCACGGGGAGCAGCAGCAGUAGGAAAUGCAAAGGAAAAGGUGGCCCCGAUAAUAAUAAGUUCAGAUAUAGAGGCGUGAGGCAAAGGAGUUGGGGUAAAUGGGUUGCUGAGAUCCGGGAACCUCGAAAACGUACGAGGAAAUGGCUUGGAACUUUCGCCACGGCUGAAGAGGCUGCUCGAGCCUAUGAUCGGGCUGCUAUUGUUCUUUAUGGUUCCAAGGCUCAGCUUAAUCUUCAACCCUCCCUCUCUUCUUCAUCCUCGUCUGCUUCUUCAUCUUCAUCUUCUUCUACUCAAACUUUAAGGCCAUUGCUUCCUCGUCCUUCGGGUUUUCCUUUUAGUUUUGCUUCUUCUUCGUCUUCAACCUCAGCAAAUCAUCCAGCUUGGUCAAUGAAUGCUGGGGUUUCUUCAUCAUCAUCAAGGUUUAUGCCAUAUGGGGCUUGCCCAAACUUUUUAAACCCAGCCUUAGUUUACCCAAACAUGGCUACAAAUCCCCAACAAGCCUUGCAAAUAAUGCAACAAUCUGAACGUCAACCUAGUGUUGCUGGUGAACCCACUGGAACAGCGGCCUCGUAUAUGAACCCUAACCUUCAACAACUACAGCAGCAGCAGCAGCAGCAAGGUUCUAAUUCGUACGAGGAUAUCAAUUCCCUGGUGGGUUCGGUGAGUCCGAGCUUGUCUUUGUCAGGUCAGGCUUCAGUUGUACCAGCAGUUCCGGAUCCAAGUUUACCAGUUGUACCUGAAUCUCCAUCGAUUUGGCCUUUCACAAACGAUGAUGAAUAUCCCCCAGCUAGUUUUUGGGAUUACGGGGAUCCUAAUUUCUUCUUUAAUUUUUGA